AUGGAUAGAUUUUUUAAACAAAAAUCUCCGUCGGUUGUAGAAGAUGUUGAUAGGAAAAAAUCAAAUAGUGUUACUUUUGAUAUUACACAACUUCCCAUCGAUCCUGGACUAAGGAUUCCAAUUUUGGAUUACGAUGUUAAUAUUAGAGAUCAAGUCUGGAGAGCUUAUAUGCAACAAGGUCCGUGUCAGCCUCUAGAUCAUGACUUUCCAUAUAGACCAUUUGGACAAACACAAACUAGACGAUUCAAUCCUGCUUGGUUUAAAGAGUUUGGUAGUUGGUUGGAGUAUAGUGUAUCAAAAGAUGCUGCUUUUUUCUUGUAUUGUUAUGUUUUCAAAACAAGUGUGGGUAAACAAGGAGGAGGCGAUGCUUUUGUUAGUGAAGGAUUCUCGUAUUGGAAAAGUAAAGACAAGCUUAAUAUUCAUGUUGGGGAUCAUGAUAGUGCACACAAUAAAGCUCGUAUCAAGUGUGAGGCUUUGAUGAAUCAAGAGCAACACAUUCAGUCAGCUUUCUUCAAGCAGUCAAAACAAGGGCUUUCGUUUCGGGGUCAUGAUGAAUCUGAGAAUUCAGAGAAUCCAGGUAACUUUUUAGUCCUAUUGCAGUUUCUAGGUGAUCAUAAUGAUGAGAUUAAGGCAGUUACAAUGAACAAAGCUCCUUUAAAUUGCAAAUUAACAUCUCCCGAUGUUCAGAAGGAUAUUGUAAGUGCUUGUGCUGCUGAAACGAUCAAUGCUAUUAUCAAAGACAUUGGGGAUUCAUUUUUCUCUAUUCUAGUUGAUGAAUCUCGUGAUGUGUCAACAAAGGAGCAAAUGUCAAUUGUUUUACGUUAUGUGAACAAUAGUGGACAAGUAAAUGAACGUUUCAUUGGUUUUGAGCAUGUUUCUAGUACUACAGCUCUCUCACUUAAGGCUGCAAUAGACAAGACAUUUUCUAAAUAUAACUUAAGCUUGUCUAGAUUGAGAGGACAAGGUUAUGAUGGGGCAAGUAAUAUGCAGGAUGAGUUCAAUGGUCUCAAAUCACUUAUUUUAAAAGAGAAUCCUUGCGCCUUUUACAUUCAUUAUUUUGCUCACCAACUUCAGCUAGCUCUUGUAGCCGUGGCAAAGAAGAAUACUCCAAUUUCUAACUUUUUUCAUUUGGUUGCUGAUGUGGUCAAUAUUGUUGGAGCAUCGUUUAAACGUUGUGAUCAUCUUCGAGAGAAACAAGCAAAUAUUGUUGCAAAAGUAUUGGAGAAUGGUGAGAUUUUAAGUGGAAGGGGACUUAAUCAAGAAACUACCCUUCAGCGUUCUGGUGAUACGCGUUGGGGUUCACAUUAUAAUUCUUUGAUCAGCUUGUUUGCCAUGUUCUCAGCUGUUAUUGAUGUGCUUGAAAUGAUUAGUGUUGAUGGAUCAAAUUCUGAUAAAAAAAGUGAAGCAUAUAAUUUGUUGGAGUCAAUAUUAUCAUUUGAUUUUGCAUUUAAUCUACAUUUGAUGAGAACUGUUUUGGCGAUGACAAAUGAAUUAUCAAAGGCAUUACAGAGAAAAGAUCAAGAUAUUGUAAAUGCAAUUGAAUUGGUGAAACUAUGCAAACAACGACUCCAGUCUUUUAGAAAUGAUGGGUGGGAUUCGUUUGUGCAACAAGUCUAUUCUUUUUGUCAGGUGCACUACAUUGAUGUUCCAAACAUGGAUGAUAUGUUUAUACGCCGUGCAGCUCGUGGUCGCCCACAGCGUCAAGCUCCAGAAAUAACAUAUUUGCAUCAUUUCCGUGUAGAUUUAUUCUAUACUGUCAUUGAUAUGCAACUUCAAGAGUUGAAUGAUCGUUCUCGGAGGCAAAUACCGAGUUGUUUCUUUGUGUAG